AUGAAGAAUGUCGUGAAUGUCGUGAGCCUGAUGGCUCUGGCGCGCUUCGCUACCAGCGUUGACGUCGCUCCCGCUUCUUCUGCCGUCUCUGUCCCUUCUGCCGCCUCUGUCCCUUCUGCCGCCUCUGGCUCUGCUGCCGUCUUGGCCUCCUCGCCAGUCCCUGCUCCUCAAUCCACAUCCUCUUCUGCCGUCGCCAUCCAGGCUGCUGACAACUGCGAACCCAAAUUGAGGGGUAUCCCUAACUGCGCUUUGCCAUGCUUCCAUAAGGCUACUCUAGAGACAGAGUGUGGUGGUCAAGACUACGCCUGCCGAUGCCAGCCCAAGAACGCUGCUAUCGUGGAAGAAUACCUCAAUAACAAUACCUGCGUCGAAGCAUACUGCGGUGAUCCCGGGUUGCUACGCGGCAUCUUGAAAGUAUUCCAAGACCAUUGCGCCUGCAUCAACCACGGCGGCCUGCCUGGACCGUCUGAUCCUUCCAGCACGCCCACGCCCACGCCCACGCCCACGCCCACACCAACGUCUACACCUUCUGCUACCCCGAGCUCUCCCAGCGGCUCCCCUACUUCUCCAGUUAGUGGCUGCCCGUGCCAGAGCAACGCCGACGCCAUUCCUGACUGCGGCAAAUCCUGCAUAGUUGACGGUGCAGCCAAAGUCGGCUGCGGUCCCCAGGACUACCAGUGCCAGUGCGCAAAGCUUGAGGACAUCAAAGCUGCUGCCUUUAACUGCUUCAGCGGUGCCUGCGGUGAUGAUGCUUUUCGCGUCAUCACUGCUCUUGGGUCUCUGUGCUCCUGUAUUGCUGAUCAGCCUGCCGAUUCUUGCAAGGGUGGCGCUCCCCCUGUAAGCACCGGUACGCCUUCCCCUCCUGCGAGUACUACGACGCCGUCUCCUUCAUCAAGCACCGAAUCGCCUCCGGCUAGUACAGAAACACCAUCGCCAUCUUUGAGCACCGGCACACCCUCUCCAUCCCCGACCACUGAGUCGCCAUCUGCGACUACCAGCACGCCGGCUCCGUCUGAGAGCACCGAGGCACCUCCGGCUACCACAAAUACAUCUCCAGCCAGCACCAACUCGGAGCCUCCGAUCAGCAGUAACUCUGAUCUUCCCGGCCAGAGCAGUGCCUCGACCCCUACUGAUCCAAGAAGUAGCGUUUCGUCCGCCGACAGUAGCUCUGCUACGUCUGCCAGCAGUGUCCCCAGUCCUACCGAUAGCAACACGCCCUCUCCUCCCGUGAGCAGCGACUCUUCUGCUGGCCCGUCUGCUCCGGGACUGAUUCUCCCCAUUACCCCUGAGGCUGUUUCUGGUCCCGCCCCUAGCACUGAUACCGCGUCCACGCCGAGCUCAGGUCCCAGCACUGAUACCGCGUCUACGCCGAGCUCUGGCCUCAGCCGCAAGCCGUCUAGCAGCACUAGCACCGGUAGCUACGGCAAGCCUAUUACUACUGGUGGUCGAACCAACACCACCAGAACUGCCAACCCUAGCAGACCCAGCUCGACUGACAGCACUGGCGAUGAUGGCAUCGUCCACGCCGGGGGUGCCCGCAUCGAGAUUGGUAUUGCUGCCGGUGUCGUUGGCGCUGUCUGGAUUGUCGCUGCUAUUCUAUAA